GGUUGACGACCACCGUUUUGGUUGACGGCCGGGACUCCAUUUUGUCCGGGGCUGCUCUGCUCGCAAGUCGCUGCUCUCCGCGUCUUCUCUCGGGGGGAAAAGUUUCCGAGGGGGAAAAGUUUCCGGGGAGACCCCGGAGCAGAGGCCGAGCGCCGCGCGCGCCCCGCCUUGCGCCCCGCAGACGCCGCCCGCGCGGACCCGAAGCGGCGAGGAGAUGCGGCCCCUGGACGUGGCGGAGCCGGCCGAGCCCGGGGAGGUGGAGGUGCUGGAGCCCGAGGAGGACUUCGAGCAGUUCCUGCUGCCCGUCAUCCGCGAGAUGCGCGAGGACGUGGCGGCGCGGGCGCGCGCGCGGGCGCGGCCCCGCGGCAAGCUGUGGGGGGCGGGGCGCGCGCUCGUGCCCGCGCGGACGCAGGUGGAGGCCGCGGAGGAGAGCGCCCUGAACCGCCUGCAGCAGGGCGCGGGCGCCGCCGACAAGGCCGCCCGCAGCGACAAGGCCGACGAGAAGGCGCAGGAGAUGGCGAAGAUGGCCGAGAUGCUGGUGGCGCUGGUGCGGCGGAUAGAGAAGAGCGCGUCGUCGUCGUGAGCCGGGCGGGCGCGGUGAGCGCGGUUUCCAGCCAGUGGAUUCUGGUCGCGUGAUGGAGGAGCUGGAACCAGAGAGCCUUUUGUUUUUUUCCCUUUUUUCUCUGUCUGCACUCUGUUCUCACUUACACUGCGUUUCUGCGAUGGUCUGUGGUUGAUGACCUCAAUAGGCGUUCUGAUGGUUGGAUGUUUUGUUUGGGGAAAUAACGUGUAUUUGGAAAA